AUGUCGUCUACCCUGGACACCGAUGUCAGGGAGAAGAGUCGUUGGGAACAGCCAGCUGAUGUGAGACAAGCAGCCCUGAACUUCAGCACGGCGCUCCAAAGUGCACCUGCCAGGCAGUUCCCAGCGCUGUGGACUCUACCCCAAGAGAAGCCCGAGGCCGGCUUCGGUGUGAAGGCAGAGCGUUUGGUCCAGGAACAGGCAGGAUUUGUCCGAAAAGUGGAGCAGGAGUUAAAGCGGUUUGGGCAGACGCUGGACCAACACAGCUGCUUCCAGCAGGACUCGCCCGGGAGGGACCACGGAAAAUCUGGGAUUGGAUAUACCAAAAGCUUGAAGGCCGUAGGGGGUACCAUAAAACCCUCCAAGAAUAGCCAGCAUGAGAAAGUGCAACAUCCCAAGAUCAGCCAGUUGAUUUUCGUUUGGCUUUGGUCCAGGCCUUAA